CGGCAGUAAAUGCUAACCACGUGAGUUUCUAACCUAACUUCUAAAAAUAGUAUUUUCCAAAUUGAAGAGUUAAAAUUGAAUUGAUAUUUUGAAGAAUAAAUUUUAAUGAUACAAUAAACGUCUUAAUAUAGUAAAAUUGAUCACAAAGUAUUAAGUAUUUUGCAUUUGCUAUAUAAAAACAAAAGAUAAAAAUAAGUAAAUAAAUGUCUAGCCUGACAUUUCUUUAUCAUUCAAUUUGUAGAAUUAAUAUAUAUUGGGUAUAUAAAUAAAAAAUGGGUAUAACAAAACAAUAUUUGAGAUAUGUACCAGCUGGAAACUUAAAUAUAAUUGUCAGUUCUUCUUGUAAUAUUGUUUUUGUAACUUUACAAGAGCAAGAAGGUAGAUUUAUAGCAGUUGGAGCAUGUGAACAUGUUUUUAUAUGGGAUUUGCGCCUUGGAGAAAAGGCUCAAGUAUUAUCAGGCGACAAAGUAAAUGUAACAUAUUUAGCUGCAUCUCCUAAUAAGCGACAUAUAGCAGUUGGUUAUGCAGAUGGUACUAUAAAAACAUUUGAUUUAAAAACAGGAGAAAAUACUAGUGUAUUUGUAGGCCAUAAAUCUGAGAUCACAACUUUGACGUACGAUAGAGAAGGACAUAGACUAGCUUCAGGUUCAAAAGAUACAGAUAUCAUUCUUUGGGAUGUUGUAGCUGAAACUGGAAUAUGUAGAUUAACUGGGCAUAAAGGUGUAAUAACAAAGCUAGCAUUUAUGAAAGAUCACAAUAUUAUUAUCAGUUGCAGUAAAGAUACAUUUGUCAAAUUUUGGGAUUUGGAUACUGAACAUAAUUUCAGAACACUUGUUGGUCACAAAACAGAAGUUUGGAGUUUAGUCUUAACAAAAGAUGAUCAAUAUUUAAUAACUGGUUGUAAUGACAAUGUGUUAUAUAUAUGGAAAAUGUCUUUCACCAAAGGUGAAACUGCAGAUUUCAAUACUAAUUUACAUGACUUAAAUAUCAUUGAUGAUGCUGAAAUUAGUGAUGUGAAACAUCCUUUGAGGUGUGAUAAAAUUGGAAGUAUAUUAAGAAGUGGUCAUGGAAGAGUUGUGUCUCUUGAAACUGACACCACUCAUACUAUUAUUGGAUGUUAUGGUUUGGACAAUACUGUAGAAUUAUUUCAAGUAUUAUCUGACGAUAAAAUAAAAGAUAAUGUUCUUAAACGAUUACGAAAAGAAAAGAAAAAAGUAAAAAAAAGCGGAGAAACUACGGAAACAAAUUUCUCGGGAACACCAACAAUAAAAGACGAAAUUAUUCGUCUACCUUUUAUUAAAAUAUCUGCUAAACUUAAAGGAUUAUGUUUAGUUAUGGGUAAAAGUGGCGAACUUAGAAUAUGCACAGGAUUAAAUAACAAUUCCAUUGAAUUAUAUUCUUUAUUUACACAAGAAAAAGAUGCCGAAGUAAAACAUUUAAGAUCAAUAACAAACCAUGGUCAUCGCUCAGAAGUUCGUGCAGUUUGUUUUAGUUCUGACAAUUUAGCUUUUGCAACAGCGAGUGGUGAUUCGGUGAAAUUGUGGAAUAGACCAACUUUGGCAUGCUUACGCACUGUACAAUGUGGUUAUGCUUUGACAGUAACAUUUGUACCAGGAGAUAGACAUUUGAUUGUAGGUUUAAAAGAUGGUAAAAUGUUAAUCAUUGAUAUUGCUUCAGGUGAUAUUUUAGAGGAAAUUCCUGCACAUUCUAAAGAACUUUGGAGCGUUACAUUAUUUCCUGAUAAAAAAGGAGUAGCUAGUGGCGGCGGAGAUCACACAGUAAAGUUUUGGAAUUUUGAACUCAUUCAAGAUCCUGAUAGAGAAAUAAAAGCGAAAGUUUUAUCUGUUUUACACUCUAAAACUUUAAAACUAGAAGACAGUGUAUUAUGUGUAAAAAUAAGUCCUAAUAAUAGAUUUGUUGCAGUUGCAUUACUUGACUCUACUGUAAAAAUCUUUUUCCUUGAUACAUUUAAGUUUUUCGUUUCUCUGUACGGGCAUAAAUUACCAGUUUUGUGUAUGGAUAUAUCGAGUGAUUCAACACUUAUUGCUACUGGUUCUGCUGAUCGAAAUAUAAAAAUUUGGGGUUUAGAUUUUGGAGAUUGUCACAAAUCACUAUUUGCUCAUGAUGACUCUGUAUCAGGACUUUCAUUCGUACCUAAUACACAUUAUAUUUUUACUUGUGGAAAAGAUGGAAAAGUAAAACAAUGGGACGCUGAUAUUUUCCAAAAAAUUGUGACGUUACAGGGACAUGCAGGUGAAGCAUGGAGUUGUGCUAUUUCACCAAAUGGAGUUUAUGUUAUUUCUUGUGGAUCUGAUAGAGUAGUUAGGUUGUAUGAACGAACUUCAGAACCUUUAGUUCUUCAAGAUGAAGAAGAAGAAGAAAGAGAACAUCAAGAAAAUGAAUUAGCUACUGGAGAGAGUACUGCUGUUCCAGGACAAAAGCAACAAUCGUUACCUUCAAGAAAAACAGUAUCCAGUGAAAAAGGGGCUGAAUUGAUAUUAGAAUGUUUAGAUGUAUCCAAAGAAUAUAAUGAGCAAUUAUCAAAAGCAACAACAGGUAAAACACCUCCUAUUCCUUUGCAAAUGCAAGCUUAUAAUUGUACAAAUACAGAAGAUUAUUUAUUAGAAACGGUUAAACGAAUUAGAGGAAGCGAUUUAGAAGAAACAUUGUUACUGUUACCAUAUUCAGCUGCUUGUGAAAUUCUGAAGAUGCUUCCUAAAUUAUUGCAAUCAGAUUAUCAUACGGAAUUAAUUGCAAAACUAGCAUUAUGUUUAGUACAAGCUCACCAUGGUCCAAUUACAGCUACACAAGAACUUCUACCUAUUUUAGAAACUGUAAAAACACUCGCUAUUCAACAAAUUUCUAAGCUAAAGGAUAUAAUUGGAUUUAACUUACACGGGAUGAUGUAUGUGCAACGAGUUAUCGAAGAGAAGGAGGGAAUACAACUUUUCAGAGAUGCAACCCAAAGUAGUAAGCGUAGAAAUAAAGUUAAAAAGAAUAAAGAAAAAGCAUUAAAAAGAGCAAUUAUGGCUUUAUGAAAUUUUUUACUUAAUGAUUUGUAAAUAAACAUUUUGGAAAGAAAUAAUAUAGUGUAUAAUGAAAUAAUAAAAAGUUUAUU